UUAGCUUUACUACUACAGAUAAUACUGGCAGCACAAUGUCCUGUAGGAACAGAUACUUCCAUGAAGAUCAAAGGCUUCUCUUUCAAUUAUCUUUUAGAGUUUAAUAACCCUGAAGUUACUAAUGGGAUAUCAUGCCCAGAUAAUUCAUGUGUUUACAUGACAGUAAAUGGUGACUUUCUUCUGACAGAUAAAGUCAGAGUAUUCAAGUUUGAUUCCAACUUUAGUCCAGUUUGGAUGCUCAACUUUGAUGGUUAUAAUAUUCCAAAGAAUGGUAUUGCUCUUCACUCGUCAGGCUCAAACAUGGUGUAUUUGCUAAAGUCUUCUUUGCAUUGUCCUUUGGGCAAGAUUGAUAGUACAAGUAACUCAGUUCUUGAAGAAAUAACACUUGGGAGUGCUGUAAAUUGUAACUCUCUUUCUUUUACAAAUGACUAUUCAAAUAUUUAUGUUUCAGGUAGAGUUUUAUCUACGCGUUAUGUGUUCAAAGUUGGAUAUGCAAACUUUGGGACUACCACAGUUACUUCUAUUCCUGUGGGUUUGAACUCAAUAUACUCUGUCCACUCUUAUGUAAGUUCAAGUCAAGAAUUCCUAAUGAUCACUGGCUCAGUGACAAGUCCCACUCAAGCCUACAGUCUGCUCUCAAUCAAAUAUGAUACAGACACUCAACAAUGGGCCAAGAAGAUGGGGUGUCCAACUGCAUGAGUGCUAACUGGAACCAAUGAUGCUUUGGUUCUAGAAUCAGACAAUAAAGUUAUCAGCUAUUUCCUAGACACCAAGCCAAUUAUGUAUGUGAGUAAUCUUGAUGAUGGGACUCUUGUAGGAUCAUAUUUUCCCGACUUCACACAAACCAGUUUAGAAAUCAGUAGUAUGGUUUACGCUACUUCAUUCAGCAAAGUUUUUAUACUAAUGAAAUACAACAGUGGAGCCUACAAAAUUGAAUAUGAUCCCUCUGCUAACUCUUUCUCUAACGCUUAUGUGAGUACUACAAUUAUGCCAGGAUGGAUACUUGAGGCCGGAGGCCAUACUCUAAUCGGAUCUGGAGUGCCCUCUUCUUCUACUGUUAUUGGGAUAUCGAGGCUUGCAUCAAAUGGAAUUUAUGGACAGAACACUGCAGUAUCUAUGAUAUCAACAGGUGGCACAUUUAUCUCAUCAACUGGAUAUUCAUAUUCUGAUGAUUUAACACCUUAUGUUACAGAAUCAGGUCCGUCAGCUGAAUCAAAAGGAGCAGCAGUUGGCAUUUCAUUGGUUUUACUCCCUCCAUCAACAACACCAGACUUGACUGUAGAAUCUGAAGUUAUUUUUGAUGGAACUGAAUAUGUUUUGGACACUACAGAAGAAGCUACUGGAAAUAUUCCUGCUUACUUUCCAUGAUCAAUUAGUGGAGCGACUACAAUUACUUCUGUAAUUGAUCCUCAUUCAAAUGGGCAGCCUCUUCCUGCAUGGAUAACAGUUGGGGCAGAUUCCCUUUCAUUUGAUUAUACUGUACCAACAUCUGUAGGAGGUCAGACAUUUUAUUUCACUGGAAAAAGCACUGUUGGUGGUAAAGUAUACUUAAGAAAUACUCAGAUAAACGUAGCAGUCGUCCCUUCUCCAACUCCUUCUCCAACCCCUUCUCCAACCCCUUCUCCAACCCCUUCUCCAACCCCUUCUCCAACCCCUUCUCCAACCCCUUCUCCAACUCCUUCUUCUAACUCUUCUUCGACCUGCGGAACUCAGAACUGAAAGAGUUGCAUUUCUUCUGUAUGCUCUGAGUGUAAGGAGGGAUAUGCACUAACUAAAUCUAAAACUUGUGAGAAAAUUCAUGGAAAGAUAAAUCUAAACUCUCUGCUAAUUAUCGCAGGACUUGCAGGAACCAUGAUGUUUCAGAUGAUAGAAGGGGCGAUUUCAGGAACUUCGAUGAAAAAUAUAUGGAUAUUGUUCAAUCAGUUCCAGCUGUUCAUUAUUCUGCCGUUUUUAAGAACAGAGCUUCCACUGAAGUUCAUUCAGACUUUGCAACUUCUUGAAUCCAGUAUUUUAAACGUCAAUCUUUUUGACAUUAAAACUAUCCCUGUCUUUGAUACAAUAAUUGAGUAUCUUGAUUAUGAAAAUCCAUAUCAAGAAUUCAGAGAGAACGAGUACGAAUCAGGGAGUGCAUUUAUCAACUGAUUCAAUCUGUUUGCUUGUCUAAUUGGAGCUACUAUUUUCUCUCUUGUGUUGUAUCCUCCUCUCAAAUUAUUUCUGAAGAAAAGGAAAGGAUGCUCGUCGAAGCUUUUUACUUACUUUUCAGAGUUUCUUUUCUUUCAAUUUCAUUUCAGAUAUUUUCUUGAAGGAUUCUUAUUUAUAUCAUUGGGUUCAAUGAGUGAAGUGUCCAGGAUCUUUCUCAAUUCAGGUAAUCAUGUCUCAUUUGGUAUAAGUAUCGUUACACUUAUUCUUCUCUUCUUAUUCAUAUGUCUUGUGCCAGUUCUGUUUUUUGUUAUGAAAAACCCUCAUGAAAACAUAUAUGUGAAAGAAUUAUUUGAAGGUUUCAAGAAGAACAAACUUGCUCAACUGUAUAACUUCACAUUCUUGAUAAGGAGGCUCUUGGUGAUCUCAGUAAUAGUUAUUUUUAGAACAGCUAACCUGAUGCAUAGACUUACAAUUUUCGUUGUUUUGCAAAUUUUAGCUCUUUUAUUUGCAAUGAUAGUAAAAAGUCACGAGAAAAAAUAUUCAAAUAUUAUCGAGGUUACCAAUGAAGUAGCAUAUUUAUGAAUAUAAUCGUGCUCAUUAUUGUAUACCAAGAUUCAGAAUCUCAAAUUGUUGAAGCCAUGCUGAAUAACUCAAUUAUAUGCAACACAAUGAUAGUACUUGUGAUAAGUAUUGUCAACUUGAUCUUUCAAAUAAAAUCUUUAUGGCGAGGAAAGAAAAAGAUUAAAAUAUCAGCUGCUAACGACCAAGUCGAGAUCAUAAAGGAUAGCCAAAACUUGAGCCACAUAGGAAAUAAACCCCCUACAUUGGAUGCAACCAAUCCGAUAGAAAUUUACAGAUUAAACACAAGACCAAUGUCUCAAUCUCAAAGAAAAAGUGGUUUCUUUAAAUAUAAGCGAAAUUCGUUAUCUUCAGACGAAAUUAUUGUUAUCCCAAUGUUCAAAAAGGACACCUUCCUAGACACCAAAAGUAUUAUUCACCAGCCAGAUUUAAGUACCCAGAACAUGAGUGCCCAGAGUAUGAUGGAUUCUAAGGGGAAUCCAUACCGCCAAUAAGGGUUAGGCUCUUCAAAAAGCCUUAACCCUGUAAUCAUAAUUUUUAUCACCUAAUUUACCAUCUUUUUAAAUACCAAUGG